GACUAGCAAAACACACUUGUAGCCAAUAAGCUGUAAGGGGCGUGUCUUCUCGUGCAGAGGAGAGAGUGUUUAGUGCGCAUGUCCGAAAUUAGCCCAGGAUGGCGUUAAUGCACCUGAAAGUUGUUUGCCGACCGCCAACAAAACCUCAGAAGAAGUAGAAGACAUUAGCCGAGAGCAUCAGAGGGAAAGAAAGAUCGAUAUGGCGAGUAGUAAAGAAACGAGUAAGCCGUGUCCUGAGCGAAAAAAAGCUUAUGAUAAAGCAAGAAGCAGGACCCGUGUAAACAUUGGGUCAGCUUUCCAGCGUUGGAGAGAUCUGAAGGAGCAUGAAGGCCUGCGAUCAGACGCAGAGGUUGCUUUUUUCCUUCUCGAUAGAUAUGAUAAAGUCACGUUUAUUUCCACACCCUAUAAGCCUGGUGCGUGUAAACCUCCUCCGUUAUCUGUUUCAAGCGUCAGCUCUCAAAGUGUUUCCGACAAAGAUGUGUGUUUGAUAGAAGGCGUAGAGAAGCUUGAUGAUACAACCCUUUCUGCCUCAGAAGUGAUGGAAGCAAGUAUGUCAUCACUAAAUCUGAAUGAGGAAACAGUCAGUGUGGAGGACUUCAAUGACAUCCAAAAUGCCACCAUUGACUGGGAGGAUCCAACAUGGUAUCCGGAUGAUGGAGAUGAUCAAGGUGUCACUGAGGAACUGUGUAGAGACACCGAUAGUGAUGAUCCAGAUUACAAUCCACACAUUUGUGUCCGCGCUGGUGGGUCUUUGCCAACACAGAACACACUUGAUGAUAUUCCUGAGAGGAGCAUAGAUGACACAGUUCAUGACAUAGCAGAUCUUGAUGACGAUGAUGCAGUUGCAGACUUGCCACCUUUUCCUGACCAACCGAAAGUUGUUUCUGAGGAUGACAUACUCAGUGUUCCAGCAUCAAUUGCAUACCAUAGCAGCUUGCAUCAGCUUGUACAGUAUCUCCAAAUACCUGUCGACACGUGUAAGAAAAUAGAACAACGCACCAGGCAGUAUUGCGGAGCAUCAAAACCAUUUCGAAUUGAAAUACGUUCAAGGGGCACUGCUGCAAUCAUUAAAUGGACAUGUCCUCGUGGUCACAGUGUGUGGAAGUGGACUUCCCAACCCUGCUUGAAGUUUGGAAUGAAUGCAGGAGACUUCCUUCUCUCUUCAAAUAUCCUUUUAUCAGGAAACAACUUUGCAAAAGUCGCACUGCUGUUCAAAUUCAUGAACAUAAAAAUGGUCAGCAGGACAUCAUUCUUCAGGAUACAGGACCACUUCUGUGUGGAUUCCAUUCAAAAGUUCUGGGAUAAUAAGAGAGAAGAGAGCAUUCACCAGCUUCAGUCUAAAGACAGUGUUGUUGUUCUGUGUGAUGGUCGGAUGGACAGUCCGGGAUUUUGUGCGCAAUAUUGCACAUAUACAGCCAUGGAGAAUGACACAAAGAAAAUCAUCUACAUAACAAACAUUGACAAGAGGGAGACUGCACGAAAUUCGGUUAUCAUGGAAAAGGAAGGUUUUCUCAGAACAUUUCAUACCCUACAACGCGAGGUCAAGCUGACGGAAAUGUGCACUGAUGCACAUACCCAGAUUUCAGCACUUUUCAAUCCAGCAAAGGGACAGUUGAGAGAUGCAGGAGUACAUCAUUCCCUCGAUGUGUGGCAUGGUGCUAAAAACCUCUCUAAAAGAAUACUCGCAGCAAGUCAGCAGAAGCAGUGCUCCAUUCUAUUGCUGUGGAGUAAAGACAUCUGCAAUCACUUCUGGUACUGCUGUAAGAUGGCAGACAACUAUGAUACAUUUUUUGACAUGUGGAUUGGUCUCCUCCAUCAUGUUACUGGUGAGCAUUCAUGGGCACUUGGUAGCUGCCAUCAUGGUCCCCUUACUGAGACCAGAGAGAGGAACUGGAUUGAGUCUAACUAUGUAGCGCAUCAGAAGCUUACAGAAUUAGUUCUGGAUGCACGAUGGCUCAAGGACAUACCCAAGUAUCUGCAUUUCAGAUCAACUGCGGAACUUGAGUCAUUCCACAAUCACAUACUGAUGUACGCCAGCAAACGCUUCUCAUUUACGCCCCCUGUGUACAAUGCACGCAUCUUGCUUGCAGCGCUGGACUACUGCCACCACAUCAACAGAUGCCCAAAAAAAAACCGCAGAUGGCAAAAUUCAGUACGAAAAACUAUACAACAAAAAGUCACGCACAUGGCGCUUGCAGACUGUAAAACAGCCAAAGGACUACAGUUAUGUUCGGGACAUACAAGCAUCUAUUAUGCGGUCAAGACUCUCAUGUGAUGUUGGGAUACCACUUCAUAAAAAACCAAGGCAUCAAGACCCAAGAUUACUAGGACAUCUUUCCGGUGUGCCUCCACCCUCUACAGAAGAGCUAUUAAGGACUCAAGUCAGCAGGGGAAUAGGGCACUUGGAGGAACAGGACUGAAGAACAACCUUGUUCAGGAAUUCCAGAAGUGGCACAAUGUUACAACAAUUUUUUUUAGUGUGUGUGCAUUUGUAAAUAAUAAAGGCA